AGUAAAUUUCAAACAUUUGCAUUUGUGGGUGUGUCUGUAAAGAGUUAAACAGGCCUUUCAGAGUCCCACCCAUUCUAACAAGAAGCAGGAAAACAACGAGAGUUCAGCAUUCGUUCCCUGGUAUCUCCUGUACUGUAGUUGUUGUUUUUGUUUUUGUGUAGUUUCCUUUGUCAAAUUAGUGCAAACAGACAACAAAAAAAAAAAACAGAAACCCAGGGAUUGAAGCCAAAUUUUGCAAACCGGUUUCAAAGGACCUUUGAUCCCUGACAGAGACGUCGGCCACGGAGAGGAAUGACCACCCCGUUCACUCUGCUAGAGAGCGAGCUGAGUUGCUCCAUAUGCUUCAGCAUCUUCAGGGAGCCCGUGGUGCUGAGAUGCUGCCACAGUUUCUGCAGGGCCUGCCUGGAGAACUACUGGGGGCAUUGUGACCCCAGUGCACGGCAGUGCCCUCUCUGCCGUCGCGUGGCUCCCCUGACGGAGGAGCCGGUGCUCAACCUGACCUUGAAGAACCUCUGCGACAGCUACCUCCAGAAAGGUGAAGGACAGGGCAGCAGCCGGGAGGGGCUUGGAAGGGACCCGCAGUGUUCCCUGCAUGGGGAGCCCUUCAAGCUCUUCUGCCUGGAGGACAAAGUACCAAUCUGUGUGGUGUGUCAAAGCUCAAAGGCACACAAGAACCACGAGUGUAGCCCCAUAGGAGAAGCUGUCCUGGAAUGCAAGGAGGUGCUUCGGGCAGCCCUCGGGGCCUUGCGAGGAAAGUGGGAGGCUUCCGAGAAAGUGAAACAGACCUUUGAAGAAGAAGUAGUACACACAAUGAACCAGGUCCUGCACACGGAAACAUUGAUUAGAGCGGAGUUUGAGAAGCUCCACGCUUUCCUGCAAGCCGAGGAGGCGGCGAGGAUGGCCGUCCUGAAGAAGGAGGGCAAGGCGAAGGCGCGGAACUUGAACAACCAGAUCAAGGAGAUGACAAGAAGCAUGUUAUCCCUCUCCCACUCCAUCACUGUCAUAGAGGAAGAGCUGAGAGCGGAUGAUCUAACUAUUCUACAGAAUUACAAGACAACAGAGAAAAGUACGCAGUGUACAACCCAAGAACCAGUGGUGUUAUCUGGAGCACUUGUCAACGUGGCCUCCCACCUGGACUCCCUGAAGUACCGAGUUUGGAAGAAGAUGCUGGGGACUGUGCAGUACCACCCGGUGAUCCUUGACCCCAACAGCGCAGCACCAUGGCUUGUGCUCUCCAAAGACCUGACCAGCGUGUGUAAGGGGAACGAACGGCAACGGCUUCCCAACAAUCCGGAGCGAUUCAGCCUGGACGCGGCCGUGCUGGGAGCGUGCAGCUUCCGCUCCGGCGAGCACUGGUGGGACGUCGAGGUCGGCGACAGCUCGACGUGGGUUGUGGGAGUGGCCAAGGAGUCGGCCAGCAGGAAGGAGAAGCAGUCCUCCAUCUUCAAGAACGGGUACCUGACUGUGUACUACUACAAGAACAUGUACUUUGCGGGGACCUCACCCCCCACGCGACUCGUCCUGACGAAGAAACCCUGCGUGGUUCGAGUGCAGCUGAACUGCGACAGGGGGCGGGUCGUCUUCUCAGACCCCAGCGACAACACGCUCAUCUACACGUUCAAGCACACGCUUACUGAGGAAGUAUUCCCCUACCUGUGGGUGGGCUGUAAGGAACAUCCUCUACGACUACUGCCUGUCUCAGUGUCCAUAACACAAGGACAAGUGUCCAGUGCAAGAAGCUGGUUUUGAACCUUCAUUGUGCAUCGUUCCCUUAAACAUGAAAACGAAUGAUAUUCUCUAAACCACAUUUCAUUAGCAAAUCUAACAUUGUAUUUAGGAUUUCUACUCUUUGCACAUCUCUGCUGUUAUUUUCAUUUUAAAUUUAUACUGUGUGUGUCUAUCAUAAUUAACAAACCAAUAUGUAACAAAAAACUGCUUUUACUGUAAACAUUUAAACAUAUGAUUCUGAUUUUAAAGUGUCACUCAUACAGUGGAAAUACCAGUUUAGUUUUGACUGUAUAAUACCAUCUGAACAGGACGCAAACGGAUUGUUAAAUUUCAACACCUCAUCCUUUAAUAAAUAUUAAAAGUUGUAAAAUUAAAUAAAA